UUUUAUGCAAACUAUUUUAAGAAUAUCUUGUUCUACAUUAUUCUAGUACUUAGUAGACAUGCUUAUGUAACUGACAUUAGAUUAUUAGAUUAUUGACUUGAUGAAGUUAUUUUCAAUGACAUCUGAAUGUGAACAAUAUAGCAGAGAGGUGGUGUCGGGAAGGUGGUUGACACGCCUUCGUAUUUUUGAAAUGAUUGAAAGUGUAUCGCGUAGAGCGUUGAGUGGCUCCAGUGGGAGCUACCACGUUCGUGGAGCUGAAUUAGCAAGAAAUCGUAGAUUAAAAUCUCUAUCUGCUACUGUUGUCUUUCUUGAUGACACACAGCAUACAUUUCAACUAGAUAAAAGAGCAAAAGGUCAAACAUUGUUAGAUUUAGUAUUCCAACAUUUAGAACUUGUUGAAAAAGAUUAUUUUGGUUUGCAAUAUGCUGAAAAUGGAGUUGCAAUAUGUACAUAUUCUCCAGAUAUAAUGAGGUGGUUAGAUCCUAGCAAACCAGUAAAAAAGCAGAUAAGAAGUAAGGGUGGCCAAUUUUAUUUUAGAGUUAAAUUUUAUGUAUCUGACCCUAGCAAAUUACAAGAAGAAUAUACUAGAUAUCAAUUUUAUUUACAAAUACGAAGAGAUAUUUUACAAGGAAAACUUCAAUUAUCACCAAGUACAGCAUGUCUUAUUGCUAGUUAUACUGUUCAAUCUGAGUUAGGUGAUUAUCAUCCUGAGGAACAUGGACCAGGUUAUCUUUCUAGAUUGCAGUUAAUACCUGGUCAAACUGAAGAAAUGGAAAAAAAAAUAGCUGAACUGCAUAAACUUCAUAAAGGCCAAUUACCAGCAGAUGCAGAAUUCAAUUUUUUAGAUCAUGCAAAAAGAUUGGAUAUGUAUGGAGUAGAAUUACAUAAAGCUAGAGAUUCAACAAAUAAAGAAAUACAAUUAGGAGUAACAUCUAUAGGUUUAGUAGUAUUCCAAAAUGGAAUAAAAAUUAAUGUGUUUUCAUGGUCAAAAAUAGUUAAAAUAUCAUUUAAACGAAAACAAUUUUUUAUUCAACUAAGAAGAGAACAGUCAGAAAACUAUGAUACUUUAUUAGGAUUUAAUAUGCAAACGUAUCGUAGUUCAAAAAAUUUAUGGAAAGCAUGUGUAGAACAUCAUACAUUUUUUCGACUUCAUAGUCCUAAAACAAGACCGAGACGUUUUCCACUUACUUUAAGUAGUAGAUUCACGUAUUCAGGACGUACAGAAUUUCAAACAGUGGAAGAUGGAAAACAUAGAGCAAGAGUAGAAAGAACGUUUAUACGAUCUCCAAGUAAAAGAUUAGUACAUGGAGUAACAUCAGUUCCAAUUGAAGAGAAAGGAAAAUUAUCUAUACCUCCUGGAAGACCAUCUAGACCAUAUGAUAACAAAGUUCAGUCUCUUGGUGCUCGUGAACCUCGUCGAGCAUGGGGUGAAGGGAAUCCUAGCGAUGAUGAAGGUGGUUUCUUGUCUCUCCGUGAAGAAAUAACAAGCUCACAUACACAAGGAAAUGCAUUUUCGCCUGUAUUAGGUUCUAGAGUUUUAAGUUAUGCUGAUGAUGAUACAACUGCUGAAAGAAACAUUUAUGAUCUUCCUGCUUAUAGUGAACCUACAAGUUCACCUGCUCCUCAGAUAGUAGAGGAUGGAUUAGUUACAAUAUCUUUGACACCAGAUGAACAAGGUCGUUUUGGAUUUAAUGUGAAAGGUGGUUUAGAUCUUGAUAUGCCUAUUUUAGUAUCAAGAGUAGCUCCAAACACUCCUGCUGAUCGUUGUUAUCCAAAAUUAAAUGAAGGCGAUCAAGUAGUGUAUAUAAAUGGAAUUGAUGUAAGUGGCUUAUUACAUGAACAUGUAGUAAAUUUAAUUCGUCAAUCUCGUGAUUCGGGUUCUGGUGAACUGACAUUAACUGUUAGACCAAAUGCGUUAUACAAUGCAUUAGCUGGUACUGAUGAAACAUCUGAAGAAGAACCUCCAUAUAGGUAUGUUCCGGAUGCACCCCAUGCAGUUAUUGGAUCAGAUGCAUUAGCUCAAUCAAUGUUGCUUCUUGCUGAUGGUCUUGCAAGUGGUGCUUUAAUUGCACAAUAUGAACAAUUAUAUAGAAAAAAUCCUGAACUUACAUCUCUUGAAUCUAAAAAACCUGAAAAUCAGAAUAAAAAUCGAUAUCGAGAUAUUUCACCAACUGGAGAAGAAAGAGAUAUAACUCACAUGCAAUAUUGUAGUUGGCCAGAUCAUGGAGUUCCUAGUGAUUGGCGACAGUUUACAACAUUUACUGAAAGAGUACGGGCAGCUAGAACAGGAAUAGUAGAACCUGCAGUUGUUCAUUGUUCUGCUGGAAUAGGUAGAACAGGUGUUUUAGUUUUAAUGGAAACAGCACUGUGUCUUAUCGAAGCAAAUCAACCAGUAUAUCCAUUAGAUAUUGUACGAUCUAUGAGAGAUCAAAGAGCAAUGAUGAUACAAAAUGCUAGUCAAUAUAGAUUCGUAUGUGAGGCAGUUCAUAAAGCUUAUAGUGAAGAAAUAGCUAAACCUCUUCCUGAAUUUAGCAGAUGAAAGUAACAAAAGUUUAGAAAACAUUGUAAUUAUCAUUUUUCUAUUUCAUCAAACAUCAAAUCAUUAGAGGA